AUGACCCACCCUGGGGUACUAGGAUCUCUGCUGCACUCCCUGGGCGCCCGCGGGAGCUUAUCCGCGCCCCAACCCGUGUCCCGCGCGGCAGAGGAGCAGGAGCGGCUCCUACGGCACCGGCCGGACCAGCCCCGGAGCCCCAAGGUUCUGAAGGUGGCCAUCAUCGGCGCGCCCAACGCCGGCAAGUCCACGCUGUCUAAUCAGCUCCUGGGCAGAAAGGUGUUUGCGGUCUCCAAGAAGGUGCACACGACUCGGUGUCAAGCCCAGGGCAUCGUCACGAGUGAAGACACGCAGCUGAUCAUUCUGGAUACACCUGGUCUCACUACUCCGUUGAAAGCCAAAAGGCAUAAGUUAAACGAAUCCAUGUUGAAAGACCCAUGGGAGAGCAUGAAACAUGCAGAUAUUGUUCUGGUCUUGGUGGAUGUAUCGGAUCACUGGACGCGAAACUGUCUGAGCCAAGAGGUGCUGAAGUGUCUUUCUCAAUUUCCCCAGAUUCCCAGUGUCCUGGUUCUGAACAAGGUGGAUCUGGUAAAGAAGAAAUUCAUCCUGCUGGAUCUAGUAGCUGAACUAACAGAGGGCAUCGUAAACGGACAGAAAUUGAAAAUGAGAUACAAUCCUGAACAUAAUUCCCGUUCAUCAUCAAAAACUCCUAAAAUUUCUCAAGUUUCUCUUUCAGAGAUUAGGGCCUAUGAAUCCCACAGUUUACAGGAAGCAGAAAAAGUCCCAGAAGACUGUAGCUUGGAUAGCAGCAGCGAUAUGGGGUCCAGUCUUGUCUCAGACAAAGAGCAAGACCCAAAGCCCUGUGAACAUAAACAUCUUAAAAAUAUGAAAGGUUGGCCAGGCUUCCAGGAGAUCUUCAUGCUUGCAGCCCUCCAUGGAGAGGAGGUGGAUACGCUAAAGCAGUACCUCCUGAUGCAAGCCAAGCCAGGCCCUUGGGAGUUUCACAGUGGGGUCUUGACCAACCAGUCACCUCAAGAGAUCUGUGACAACAUCAUCAGGGAGAAGAUGCUGGAGUACCUGCCACUGGAAGUGCCCUAUGGUGUGCAUCAGGUGACAGAGAUGUGGGAGGAAGGGCCAAGUGGAGAGCUGCUCAUUAUGCAGAACCUCGUGGUCCCGAGGAAGUCUCAUAUGAUGAUGUUGAUUGGAAGAAAAGGGAAGAUUAUCAGCAGGAUUGCCCAGGAGGCUGGCCAGGACCUGAUGAAUGCUUUCCUUUGUGAUAUCCGCUUGAAGCUCAGGGUAGAGGUGAAGAGCUGAGCUCUUUGCGUAGGUUUCAACAGCCCUCAAGCUCUCUGUUCACAUGGAGAAAUGACUGCUGUUUUUGCUGUGGGAUUUCAACAUCUUUGUUCAAUUCAGAAACAGGAUGAUGGAAUCAACGUCAUGGGCUGAGGUAGAUUAUAUUGUUCUUCUGAGAGAACGGCACAAACUGAAAUAAAAAUUUCAGACCUUCUACAGCACCACAUCUAAUGGAAGCUGGGGAGAGGUGUCGGAGACCCAGCUUUACGUGCGGUUCUAGUGCUGCAUUUGUAGAGCUCUCAUCCACUUCUUUCAGGCUGUAUCCCACAUCCUUAAUGUCUGUGUUUGUGGCUGGAUGUUCAGAAGGACCUGACCAACUGUGGAACGAAGAUAGGAGGGAGUAAGGCCUGGGUCUCCUCCAGCUGUGCAGGCCUGGAGAUACCUCAGUGCUUUUGACAUGUGCAUGCAGACCUCAUGCGUCGUACACCACUGCCUAAUGUUCCCAGUGCUGUUAAUGUCUGUGACAGAUUUGCAGCUGUGCUUUGUCUUUUAGCAAGAACUUUAAAUGCUGCUUUUAGAAAGUCGGAUGUGAGCAGUCAGAGCAAUCCCUGUGCUGUGAUCUGUGCAGUGCUUUGAAGUCCUCUGUCCCAAAAGGGAUGGGUGUAUACUGGGAUCCUUUAGGCAGAGAGGGGAAGAGAAAGAUUAGCAUCUCCUGUGCUUUGUAAACAAAGGGUUACGAUGAAGACGCAUUUUUUUAUCUCUUCUGAAGGCUGAGGAACUCCCACAGUGGGAAUGGAAGAGGCUUUCCCAGCCCACAUGAUGUUCUCUUCUGCUUUGCUGUUCCCUGCGGUCUGUUGAGAUCCUGGGUGUGAGAGUAUGACAGUGUAGGAAGUCAUUUUUGCCCAGGUUUGUUUGAGUGGAGCAGUUUGCUGGCUGGCAAAAACACUCAGUAAUAGCUGGGUGUGACAGAGGGAGCUCUUAAACUCUCAGUACAUGAUACUAAGCCAGUAGUUUACAGUUCUCAUGUGGGAGCCCUUCCCAUGGAUGUACACAUACCAUCCUCUUAAAUGACUGCCAAAUGUUGCAUUCCUUUUGACCUCUUCUGCAUUGUGGUUUGUAAGGAUUUUUGUUCCUUCUUUGCCCUAUCAUCCUUUUCUGCAAUUUCCCAGGCAGGAAAAAGCUUCUCACAUGUAGCCUCAUCUCCAGGGGGAUAGGUUUGGUGAUGCGCAUUUUAACUGAAUGGAGUAUUGGAGAAGCAGAGAAGUGGAGCAUGGCACCGUGAUCUGUUCUGGUGUGGUUUUGAGCUGCUUCCUUGGCCACUUGUGAGAGCAGCCAGGAGGCCAGAGCAACGACUUACUGCAUUUGGGAACAUUAACUGGAGCAUGUAUAUUAGAAAGGGAAUUGGAGCAGGGAAUAAGUGUAUUCCUGCUCCCCGUACACCUUGUUUUCCGUGCCUACCCGAAGGUGCCUGUAGCAGUGUCUCGAGGUACUCAGUUCUCCCUAAUGACUUGUUGUCUUGCAAAAGUUGCUCAGAACCUUUUCUUAGCGGCAGUCUUGCAUUUGAGUCGUUUAUUGCACUGCUGUCACUACAAGGUCACUGAGGUAUCAGGUACAGAUGGAGAGGCUGUUGUGCCUAAAGAGCUUGA